UGUCCUCCUCCUCUCUAUAGCCGAGUGCCACCAGGGGUCGCUGCUUCUCCCGUUACUGGGCCCCCGCCCCAGCCCUGGGGGCGGCGCCGGCGCCAAAAUCAAACCCGCGUCUCCUUCCCCACCGGCCCCGCCUCCCUUCGCCUCCUCCACUCGCCUCGUCACCAGUUGGGGAACACCGCCGCCAGAGUCAUGUCGAAGAAAAAAGGAUUGAGUGCAGAAGAGAAGAGAACUCGAAUGAUGGAAAUCUUUUUUGAGACGAAAGAUGUAUUUCAGUUGAAAGAUAUGGAGAAGAUUGCCCCCAAAGAGAAAGGAAUUACUGCUAUGUCAGUGAAGGAAGUCCUUCAAAGCCUAGUUGAUGAUGGCAUGGUGGACUCUGAGAGGAUUGGGACAUCUAAUUAUUUCUGGGCUUUUCCAAGCAAAGCAUUGCAUGCAAAGAAACGAAAACUAGAGACAUUAUCAGCUCAGUUUUCUGAGGGGAAUCAGAAGAAAGAGAACCUACAGCAAAGCAUCAACCAAGCCAAAAUUGGCCGGCAGGACACGGAAGAACGCACUGUACUUUCGAAGGAACUCACUUCUCUCCGGCAGCGGAAGGAGCAGCUAAAGGCUGAAUUAGAGAAAUACAAAGAAUGUGAUCCUGAUGUUGUAGAAGAAAUACGACAAGCAAAUAAAGUAGCCAAAGAAGCUGCCAACAGAUGGACUGAUAACAUAUUUGCUAUAAAAUCUUGGGCCAAAAAAAAAUUUGGAUUUGAAGAAAGCAAAAUUGAUAAAAACUUUGGAAUUCCAGAAGACUUUGACUACAUAGACUAAAAUAUCCAGUGGUAGUUCUAGAUUACUUGUGUGUAUAUAUGUAUACUAAUAUUGUCAUUCUCAGAUAAUUAAAAUGCCAUGUACUUGCAACUGUAUUUUUUUUUAAUUUGGAUUCACUUCAAUAAAACACAAAAUAUUUA